AUGGCCCAUCGUCUCCUCCUUAUCGUCCUCGUGGCUUCCAUUCUUCAUACGGUGUCCUCAGCGACGGUGUACGAUGUCCUCCAACAGAACAAUCUGCCACGUGGUCUCAUCCCACAAGGAGUGACGUCGUACGUGCUCCACCCUGAUGGCCACCUUGAGGUGACCUUGCCUAGCGAGUGCAACUUUGCCGUCACCGUCGGAGGCUCGCCGUACAAGUUUCGCUUUGACAGCAAAUUCGUGGGACUCAUCAAGUCAGGGUCUAUCAGCGAGAUAAAUGGUGUGAGGGUUCAGUACGCGUUCGAGGCGAUUAUCCAGGUCGACCAUGCUGGUAACCAGCUGACGUUCAAGGUCGGCACCAGCAGCAUCUCCUUCCCCAUCAGUGAUUUCACAAGCAGCCCUGUCUGUGGCUGA